UUGUGUCAGGGAAGCACUCUGGCUACCUUUCACUCCUAAAGCAACUUACAAAAGUUGAUGACAUUUCCCGUGAACAGUUCGAAGUACACCAGUACACAAUCCAUUCAAAGCAUUAUAUACCGCGGUACACUCAAGGAUAUUAAGCCCGUAGAAAAAGGAGGGAGGGACAUAUGCCUCUUUCUCAAUAAUUUUACCAGCAUGUACACUUUUCAAUUGAAACCAAAAUAACUUACAGCUGCGACCCCUCAUAAUACAACAGAAAACAACACACAAUGAAGAAAGCUAACGGUUGUAAUCCCUCAAAUAAUGAUUAUGAGGAGUGUUAUUUAUUUGAUCCACAAAUCCUUCACGAUCUGGAGUUUGAGAAUCAGAAAAGUGCCAGCUACAAGCCGGAAAUCAAUCUGACAAACCUUGGAGAGGGGCUUACAAUAAGGCCCCUGUGUAUCUCCGACUAUGAUAAAGGUUACCUUUCCCUUCUAAAUCAACUUACAGAAGUUGGUGACGUUUCCCGUGAACAGUUCGAAGAGCGAUUCCAGUUGAUGAAGUCCCAGCCAAACCUGUAUUAUACUGUGGUGAUAGAGGACACAGUCAUGCACCGAGUAGUUGGAACCACAACUCUAGUGAAGGAAAUGCACUUUAUACGACAGUGUGGUUUUAGAGGAAGAAUAGAAGAUGUGAUUGUGCAUAGUUCAUACCAAGGAAAACAGUUAGGCAAGCUAUUGGUAGAUGCUUUAACACUACUGAGUAAGAGGCUUGGCUGUUAUAUGGUGUCUCUUGAGUGCGAUGACAGGGUAGUUCCAUUUUAUUCCAAAUUCGGAUACGUUAAGGAAGAAGAACAUAACUACAUGCUACGGCGAUUUAUCCCCAAAUAGGUCAAAGGUCUAACUGAAGGGGAAGAGACACAGAACUUUCUGAAUUUUAAAAAUUUCUUUAAUGUAUUGUCUAGAUUUCUUCUUUGGAUCUGCUCAAGUGAUAUAUAGAUUGUAAUAAUAGUUAAAUCAAUUUACUAGAAGAAAGAAAAUUUGUUUCUAUCUUUUGUUGCAUAUAAUCAAGAUAAAACACUCUUUUCUGAAAACUAGUUAAUGGUGUAGAGUUCUGCUGAUGGCAGUGGUAAGACGUACCAGUGCCACUUAUUACAAGUAUUUCAUCAAACACCCCUGUGAUGCCAAAGAUUUUUUUUUUAACAAAAUACGUCAUCUAUUUAUAUUUGUACCCGAUAUAUAUUUAUCUUUUGGAAAGCUUUUUUACAAUAGGUGUAACGAAAAAAAAAUGUUUCGUAAAAAUAUUUUAAAAAAAUUACUAUAAUUAUAAACACUGUAACA